AUGUUUUUUUUUAAUAGUGAAAAACCCAAAGUUAUAAUCGAAACACCAACACCACCAAUAGUGCAAGAUAAUAUCCCUGUAUUUCUGUCUCCUCCAUUAGAAAACAAAAUGUAUAGUAGCAGUUAUUCGUAUAGUAAUCCCCUUACUGGUACAUAUAGUACAACUCAACAAAAUGAAUAUAAAUAUAAUGUUACAAAAUACACAACAAAACCCCAUGAUAAUAGUCAAAAUGUUGAAUAUAUAAAAACAUUUGAAAGACCCGUUGAGUUAUAUUAUGAAACAAUUCCAUUAAAAACCAAUACAAAUAAUAUAUUUGAAAUAAACCCAUCUAAAGAAGAAUCAAAUAAGAUUACAUAUAAUCCUAGAAUAGAAGUAUAUUCAACAUCCGAUUUUGUAAUUAUCAUGAUGAAUAUUCCAGGUGUUUCAAAAGAAAAUUUAAAUGUUGAAUUAGAAAAGGGAUUGUUAAAAAUAUGUGGAAACAAAUAUAAACCAAAAAUCGAAGAAUUAGAAAAAAAUAAUGAAUAUCAUACUAAAAUUAUUGAAAGAGUUAACGAAUAUUAUUUUUGUAAAAUUUUCCAAAUGCCACCUGCUUUUUCCGAGGGUCAAAGUAUAUCAUGUACAUUAAAAGAUGGAGAACUUGUGCUUAAAAUUUUAGCAAGUGAAUUAAAAACUCAGAAAAAAGUUAUUCAAGUGACCUCAUAA